CGCCUCACCUGGCCUGAUUGGUGGUGCACCCCAAGGAAAAAAUAAAAUAAAAAAUUAUUGCCACUGGCAACCAAUCAGAUCGCAGCUCACACUUUCUACCCUGUUCUAUCAAACUGUCACUUGGAAUUUGAUUGGUUACUUUGGACAACACUACAAUGUGUUGUUUUUUUGUUUUGUUUUUUAAGAGUCCACUCCCAACCCCCCAAAAAAACACAACUCCCUGUAGCAGUCUGACAUCCCUUCGCCAGGGUGACGGUCACAACAAGCUCAUGUCCUGCUGGUGACUUUUUCCGGUUCGUAUUGUUCUCCCCUCAAUCCUUCCGUCGUGCAGUUCUGGCAGCACAGUGCGCAUGCGCGCUCAGGUCAUUCGUCUCCUAGCAACCAGCAGAGCGACUGUAGCAACCGAAACAUGGCUAAAGCAACAACUAUUAAAGAUGCGCUAUCCAAAUGGGAAGAAAAGACGGGGCAGAAAGCGGCAGAAGCCAAAGAAGUGAAGCUGUAUGCACAGGUCCCACCCAUUGAGAAGAUGGAUGCCUCCCUGUCCACACUGGUCAACUGCGAGAAAUUAUCGCUUUCCACCAAUUGCAUUGAAAAAAUUGCCAAUCUGAAUGGACUGAAAAACCUCAGAAUAUUGUCUCUAGGAAGGAAUAAUAUAAAGAAUUUAAAUGGAUUGGAAGCUGUUGGAGAAACUCUAGAAGAGCUGUGGAUCUCCUACAAUUUAAUUGAGAAGUUGAGAGGGAUUCAUGUCAUGAGGAAGUUAAAAGUUCUCUACAUGUCUAACAAUGUUGUGAAAGACUGGGCGGAGUUUGGGAAGCUGGCUGAUCUGCCGUGUUUGGAGGACCUAGUGUUUGUUGGGAAUCCUCUGGAGGAAAAGCACAUGCUAGAGGGUAACUGGAUAGAAGAGGCGACAAAACGUCUUCCCAAGCUAAAGAAACUGGAUGGAAAUCCAGUCAUAAAGCAAGACGAAGAGGACGGGGAUGAGGCCUCCUAAUCUAUUUUUGGUAUCCUAUUAAAUUAUUUGAAUAUAUCGAUCAAAAAAUAUAAUUUUUUUUUUUUUUUAUAAAUGUUAUUUGUAUAUAAGAAAUAUGUUUUGGAAUGGUUUCAUUUUUUUACUUACAUCCUUGUGUAUGAAAGCAUUAUCUUAACCAUUCAAACAGUAUCAGGGUGAAGAAAACGCUCCAAAAAUAUAUAUAUCUACGGUAUUUUAUUUGCACAAAAUGGAGGAUGAAUAUAGAAUUUUUCCUCCCAUCUGAAAUGAAGCACACAGAAAAUAUGUUAGCAAUACAGGCUGUUAUGUUACAGUGAUAGGUUAUUGGUCUCAUCCAUUAAAGGGGUUUUGUCGACCAGCAACACAGGAUAGGGUAAAAGUGUCUGAUGGGUGAGGGUCCAACUGCUGGGACCCCUGCCGAUAACGAGACCAACGGUCCUGUGGACUCUGCAAUCUGUGGAAGCCCCAUAUGGUUGAGUUGUGCAGCAGCAGACAUGCACGACUGCCACUCAGUUCAAACAGGGGACAACAGCCACCCCCCUACUUAUGAUGGAGGGCUUCCCCAGCAGUUGAAUCUCAUACCAUCAGACACUUAACCCCUAUCCUGGUGUCAGUUUUGCUCUCCUGCAUUGGUGAGACUACAUGUUAAGGGGGUUGUGUCAUCUCAAGCAUUGGUGGCACCUCAGGGACCCGCACCGAUCUCUAGAACGGAGCCCGCAAAGUGAAGGAGAGCAGACCCCACACGGGCGGCCUCCCUCCAUUCAUUUCUAUGGGAGUGUUGAAAAUAGCCGAGCGGCGCACUUUCAUUUUUAGAGGUCCUUUAGCAAUGAAUAGCGCAAGUUGUGGCAAACACAAAAGGGUAGCGGUGCUCAUGGGGUAGUAGGUCUAAUGCAGGCAUCCUCAAACUACAACUCCCACAAUGCCCUGCUGUAGGCUGAUACCUGUAGGCUGUUCGGGCAUGCUGGGAGUUGUAGUUUUGCAACAGCUGGAGGGCCGCAGGUUGAGCAUGCCUGGUCUAAUGGUUAUAGAGCGGUAUUAGAUAAUUGUGCUCACCUUUAUGUGUUGUGCAGGCAGAAUGCAUGUAGACACAGUGGGUCAGCGCUGCCGUGUCUUCAGAUCCUCAGACCAUUGGGUAGCCAACCCUCCGGUAAGAGUAAACAGAACAGAUAAAAGGAUGCAGACAAUAGGGAGGGCCUGCACAACUUGGACACCUCCUGGCGCAAACAAGACCAGAAUGAUUGAAAGAAAUUGCAUUGCGGAUGUGUGACCCAAUUCACUGAUCCAUUCGCAUGAUCAGUGGACUCCUCAGAUCCUGUGGAUAGGUGAUACGUUUUUAUGGUAGGACAACCAGUUUCAGUCAGAAAACCAUGAAGUAUUGGCCAUAAUCCUGUUCUAUAAGAAGUAGUGUCUAGCCUCUGCCACCUAUAAGCUGUAUGUGGGGGACAUACCUUUUAUAGACCAUGUACAUACCGUGUUUGCCAAGAUCUGCUCUGUAUUAAAAAUCGAUACUUUUUGAGCUGGUAUUUUUGUGGUAUUACUAAAAGGCUGUCUCAAGACAUUGCUGACAAUUUAAUGCAUCCCUUUCCAAAUUCUUAGUCUGUUUUUUUAACUCUUGUACCUUCUCUUUUUUUUAUACUGUUGUAUGAUGUUCAUGCAUAACGUUAUUGUACAACAAU